CUCUCUUCUCUUCUAUAAACAAAACAUGGGGUUUCCCCCUCCACAAUCCCAACACAAAUUUCCACCUCCUCCUCCUUCAUCUUCCCCAUCUCACAUCCACCGAUGCCUUUUUCCAUAUACACUACUCUUCUAUCAGUAACCACACUCCCUCUUCUCUUCCUCUCCUGCCUCUCCAUUGACGACCAAGGCCUUGCUCUGCUUCAAUGGAGGAAUACCCUCACCUUCUCCUCAGAAGAACUCAGGUCAUGGAAGUCAACAGAUUCCAAUCCCUGCAAAUGGUAUGGAGUCCUCUGCAACUCAAACUCCCAAGUCAUAAGCCUCAAACUCAAUUCGUUGAAUCUCCAAGGCGAAUUGCCUUCCAGUUUCCAAUCACUUAAUUCUCUCAAGACUCUGGUCAUCUCAGGCACAAAUAUCACCGGCCAAAUCCCAAAAUCUUUCGGUGAUUUCCAACAACUAAGCUUGCUCGAUCUUAGCAGGAACCAAAUAUCCGGCGAAAUUCCGGCCGAGCUCUGCAGGCUCGCAAAGCUUGAAUCUUUAGCUCUAAAUUCCAAUUCUCUCGUCGGAGUUAUCCCUCUCGAUCUCGGCAAUCUCUCCAUGCUCACUUAUCUCACUCUGUUCGACAAUUAUCUCAGCGGCGAGAUUCCAAGCUGCAUAGGGAAAUUGACAAAACUUGAAGUUUUCCGUGCCGGGGGGAACGAGAAUCUCAGAGGCCCAUUGCCGCCGGAGAUUGGAAAUUGUAGCAAUCUAGUGAUGAUUGGCCUCGCCGAGACUGGUAUUUCCGGCAACCUACCGCCGACGAUUGGAUUGCUUAAGAGAAUUCAAACCAUUGCCAUCUACCCGACGCCCCUUUCGGGUUCCAUCCCUCGCGAGAUUGGAAAUUGCAGCGAACUCAAAAGUUUGUACCUUUAUCAGAAUUCGCUUUCAGGAUUGAUACCGCCUGAGCUCGGAGAGCUACAGAAGCUCCAAUCUUUGCUCUUAUGGCAGAACAGCUUGGUGGGCUCCAUUCCGCCGGAGCUCGGAGAAUGCAGCGAGCUGGUGCUCAUCGACCUGUCACUUAAUCUUUUAACAGGGAGCAUUCCGAGUAGCUUCGGCAAGCUACCAAAUCUACAACAGCUUCAGCUGAGCAGUAAUCACCUCACUGGCGCCAUACCGCCGGAGCUUUCUAACUGCACAAACUUUACAGAUAUCGAAGUCGACAAUAAUAAGCUCUCCGGCACGAUUGAGAUUGAGUUCGGGAAAUUGCCGAGCCUUACUCUGUUCUACGCUUGGAAGAACAUGUUGACAGGGAAUAUUCCACCGAGCCUCGCGGAAUGCGGGAAUCUACAAUCUUUGGAUCUUUCGUACAAUAAUCUCACCGGAGUGGUUCCAGGGGAGCUUUUUGCGCUUCAGAAUCUAUCAAAGAUGUUGCUUAUCUCGAACGAGCUCUCUGGUUUCAUCCCUUCGCAAAUAGGCAGAUGCACGAACCUCUUCCGACUUCGAUUGAACCGGAACAAGCUCGCCGGAAGGAUUCCGGCGGAGAUUGGCAAGUUAAGCAACCUCAAUUUUUUAGACAUAAGCGAGAAUCUUCUCGUGGGGGAGAUUCCAGCAGCUAUGUCAGCAUGUGAAAGCCUGCAAUUCCUCGACCUCCAUUCCAACGCGCUCACAGGCGCAUUGCCGGAGUCACUUCCGGCGAGACUCCAAUUUCUCGACGUCUCCAACAACCGUUUCUUCGGCGAACUGAGCUCCGGCGUGACGCGGCUGCCCGAGCUCACCAAACUCCUGCUUUCAAAAAACCAAUUUUCCGGCAGAAUCCCACCCGAGCUUAUCUCCUGCGUGAAGCUCCAGCUUCUAGACCUCGGGGAAAACCUUUUCUCCGGCGACAUUCCACCGAAUCUUGGCCUCCUCCCAUCCCUAGAAAUCUACCUGAACCUCAGCUGCAACCAACUCUCAGGCAACAUCCCAUCUGAGUUAUCCAAGCUAAAAAAGCUCACAAGUCUCGACCUUUCCCACAAUUCCCUCACCGGCGAUCUCACUCCACUCGCUUCUCUCCAGAACCUCGUCUCCCUCAACAUCUCAUUCAAUUCCUUCUCGGGCGAACUGCCUGACACCUCUUUUUUCCGCAACCUCCCCCUCUCCGACCUUACCGGCAACCAAGGACUCUACAUCUCCACCACCAGAACCAGCUCUCCGACCUCCACGUCGCCGCAGAAGCUCGCUAUGUCUCUCCUUUUCACCAUAUUCGCUGUCCUCAUCCUCGCUGCAGCCUACUUCCUCCUCCGCAUCCGCCGCAGAGCCGGCGAAACUCCCGGCGACGGCAACUGGGAGAUCACUCUGUUCCAAAAAUCAGAUAUUUUUGUCGAAGAAAUAGUAAGGGGACUGACUUCCGCAAAUGUGAUCGGAACUGGAAGCUCCGGCGUGGUAUACAGAGUCGGCUCGGUCGCCGUGAAGCGCAUGUGGUCAACAGAGGACGACGGCGGCGCAUUUCAUAACGAAAUCACGGCAUUAGGAUCCAUAAGGCAUCGGAACAUUGUGAGAUUAUUGGGUUGGGCAUCGAAUAAAAGAAUGAAAUUGCUGUUUUAUAAUUACUUACCGAACGGGAAUUUGAGCACGAUGAUUCAUAGGGGAGGGAAGGGGGUGCUGGGAUGGGAAGAGAGGCAUGGAAUCAUGGUGGGAUUGGCGGAGGCGAUUGCUUAUCUGCAUCAUGAUUGUGUGCCGGCGAUAAUUCAUGGAGAUGUGAAGGCGAUGAAUGUGCUUUUGGGGGAAGAAUUUGAAGCUUAUUUGGCGGAUUUUGGAUUAUCCAAAGUGUUGAAUGGCGGCGGAGGAAGGGAGGUGGUGCGGGGCUCGCCGCCGAGGAUUGCUGGCUCGUAUGGGUACAUGGCUCCAGAGCACGGUUCAAUGCAGCGGAUAACUGUUAAGAGUGACGUUUACAGCUACGGCGUGGUCCUGCUCGAGGUCCUCACAGCCAGGCACCCGCUGGACCCGAGCCUACCGGGUGGGUCCCAUCUCGUCCAGUGGGCCCGAUGCCAUCUCCAGGCCCAACUCGACCCGACGGGCCUACUCGACCCGAGGCUCCACGGCCUGCCCGACUCACAGAUGCAGGAAAUGAUGCAGGCUCUCGCCAUCUCGGUGCUUUGUGUGGGCCCGAGGCCGGAAGACCGGCCCACCAUGAAGGAUGUCGUCGCCCUGCUCAAGGAGAUAAGACGGCCGGCGGCCUGCGAGCAUAAGGAGUCGUCGGCGGUCGGCGUCGUGUCGCCGGCGAGGAGCUUGGUGUUGCGCGGUUCUUCUAGUUGUUCGUUUAUUAUGUCUGAUUGCUCUAGCUGAUAGAUUUAGUUGGGCUCGUAAAUGGAUUUGUGAAUAAUUUGUUCUUUGUUAGGUUAAGAAGUAGUUUCAUUUUCAAAGAAGUGGAUGGGAAA